AUGGCUGGACAGAAAAAGGAGGUCGCAUCGAGCGCCCCGCCCCAUGGCUACCACUUUGGCGGACCUUGGGGUACUGCCGGCGUUUCUACCAUCCUCCCUAUUGUCGUGUACGCCCUCGCAUUCGCCUGCAACGACGUCUCCGGCUGCCCUGCCCCCUCUCUCCUUGACCCGAAAAAUAUCGACUUGGCGCAGCUCAAACGUGAGGUUGGAUGGCCAGAACAAGGCGUUUGGGGCCUGGGUAGUAUUAACGCUACUCUGGCCGUCGUUGGCUACUUCUUCUUCAACGCCCUACUGUACCGGUUCCUUCCUGCUCAGGAAGUAGAUGGUGUCGUACUGGCCACCGGCGGCAAGUUGAAGUACAGGUUCAACUCCUUUGCAUCCAGCAUGUUCAUCGUUGCGAUCCUCGCCGCCGGGACUGCCCUUGAGGGUGCCGACUGGGCUCUCUGGGUCUACAUCUCCGACAACUAUAUACAGAUUCUCACGGCCAAUAUGAUUUUAGCGUUUGUUAUUGCCACCUAUGUCUACAUCCGCAGCUUCAGCGUCAAGCCUGGGAAUAAGGAGAACCGCGAGCUUGCCGAGGGUGGCCAUUCAGGCAACCUCAUUUACGACUGGUUCAUUGGCCGCGAGCUCAACCCGCGCGUCACGAUCCCAAUCAUUGGCGAGGUUGACAUCAAGCACUGGAUGGAGGUCCGCCCUGGUCUUCUCGGCUGGGCCAUCCUCAAUCUUGCCUGGAUCGCCAAGCAGUACCGCACAUUUGGCUUCGUUUCCAACAGCAUUGUCUUCAUUUCGGCCAUUCAGUUCCUCUACACGGUAGAUUGCUGGUGGAACGAGCCUGCCAUUCUGACGACCAUCGACAUCACCACCGAUGGGUUCGGCUUCAUGCUGUCCUUUGGCGACAUUGCAUGGCUUCCAUUCGUCUACUCUAUGCAGACGCGGUACCUGUCCAUGUACCCCGUGUCCCUGAACGCCUUUCAGGUGACUACCAUUGGAGCUACCAUCUGCCUGGCCUAUUACAUCUUCCGUGCCUCCAACAACCAGAAAAAACAAAGUUCCGGCACCAACCCCAACGACCCCAGCGUUGCCCAUCUCAAAGUACAUUGA